AUGGAUUCUCGAGAAAAGAGCUGGUUCUCUUCCGUCCGCGUUCGGGUUUGCAACUUCCGAGCCGAGAGGGAUUCCACCCUCACUUCUUUUCACGAAAAGCCCCCAUCUUUACCGUCAACGAAAUCGGUGUUCUUACAUCUUGACGGUACUAAGGUUGUGGAGAGAGUUACUGGUGUAGGCGGCACGGGCAUCGUCAUUGACCAAAGACCGUACGCGCUCAAAAUACCUCGGAUUUCAAGGCCUAUAGAGAUUGAUGGGGUGCCUGUGGCUACUGGGAGAUUAACUCCUGAAGGAGGGGACUACAAUGAGCGACCCGAUCUUAUUCAUUCAAUCCAAGAUGAAAAGGCUGUUUAUCAAAGGCUGGGUGACCAUCCCGGGAUGGCAAGGUUUUGUGAUUUUGGAGAGUCAGCAAUUAUGCCUCUUGAUUCAGAUUUGAAUGACACUGAAGUCUGA